AGAUCCUCUAAUGCUAAAAACUCAACUUGAUACUGCCUUGGGUAACAACAAGGUGCAAUACUGGAAGGCUGUUCAAAGUUUCAUAAAAGGAGAAAUAAAUAGAAUGGAACUUGAUUUUUUGGCGAACUUGUUUUUACCAAGAGAGCACGGCAAUAUUAACAACAAUAAACAAAAAUCCAAUUGUCGCGUAAUAAGAGAUAUGCAUAAAAAAACUUGUGAGACUUUGAAUGAAAAAAAUGAUAUCAUACCACAUUACAGAUCAUUAAGGGGGAUACUAUCAUCGAUGGAAAAAGAAGACAGAGAUCAAUUACAUCACUUUUUAAAGAGUGUGAAAAAUAAUCGAAAUUCUAACGAAAAAGGCUUGAUACCAAAACAUUCAUGUUCAAAAAGUAUCACAGAGGAAUCAGUAAGCCAAGAAUUUCCUGAUUAUGAAAAUGUCUAUAUACGUAUGACAGAAAUUGCAUUCAAUCAUGGAUUAUUUGGUGGAGUGCAAGAGGAUUGCGUGUCUUUAAUGAUUUUUGCACUCGAGUUUUAUAUGAAAAAUAUUUUGCAUAACUGCAUUAAUCGAAUUCGAGAAAAUAAUGUAUAUCAUGAUGACUAUGAUGAAAAUCACAAUAUUACAUCAAUUACGUUAAAAGAUCUUGCAUUUUCUUUAAGUAUUUCACCUUUGGUUGUCUCCCCAUUAGUUGUGGAAAAGAUUAGUGCAAGGUUAAGACAUGAAGAGAUGAAUUUUGAUAAUAAAACUUAA